UUUGCUCAUGUUGUCUCUGCUUUUUUGCUUGUGGCAGAAGCAUGACUUUGUUGUAUUGAGUUCUGCUAGUGAAAAUAUUGGACGAAUGUUAUAACGUUGGCUGUUAAAAUAAUCUCAGUAAUGACUUCUAACACAAAUGAAGGUGAAUUAAUCAUUCAGUCACCUGAAAUAACUUCAACAGUGCCUACGCAUUUAUACAUGAGACGUUUAAAUUAUUUUCACGUUUACCAACGCCCGUCACUUGAACCUGUCCCCUGGAAUCCUAACCAAGAAAAUACUCAUUCAAGAAUCGUUCCUGACUUCUUACCCACCUCAUUAAACGCAGUACGCAAUGGGCCUGAUGCAGGGGUUAGAGCCCCCCCCGUGCAAGUGGCAGUUCAUGGUGAAGACAACACAUACAGAGCGUUUAUCAUUUUAGGUUCCAUAUUUAUCACCUCAUUGGCAGUUUUGUUUUUUGUCUUCAUGCAGUUCCCAGAAAUUGAACCACAUGAAAUGCAGCAAGUCAAGUUUCCUUGGGACAUAGAAGAUUACAAACAACUUGGCAGGGUCUUGGACCGCUAUAAAGACAGAUACUUCUUUGAGGUCAUGUUGGCUGUUGCUGUGACAUAUAUAUUUUUGCAGACGUUUGCCAUUCCUGGAUCAAUAUCAUUGUCAAUCCUCUCUGGUUUUCUCUUCCCAUUCCCACUAGCACUUAUAUUAGUGUGCUUCUGCUCUGCAACGGGAGCCUCGUUGUGCUAUGUGCUGUCCUACUUUCUUGGGCGACGCCUUGUCUACAAAUAUUUUCCUGAGAGAGCUUCUCAGUGGUCCUGUACAGUGAAUAGACAUCGAGGUAACUUAAUUAAUUACCUCUUAUUUCUGCGUAUGACACCUUUCUUACCCAACUGGUUCAUCAACAUCGCAUCUCCCAUAAUUGGUGUACCACUCUUUACAUUCUGGAUUGGCACAUUUGUUGGUGUAGCCCCACCAUCAUUUGUUGCAAUCCAGGCUGGACAAACAUUGUACAAACUAUCAGCUCCAGGUGAUGCAUGGUCUUGGACUUCGGUCGUCGUUCUUGCUGUUUUUGCCGUGCUUUCAUUGGUUCCAGUAAUGUUUCAAAAGCGGCUGAAGGAAGCAGUCGAGUAGUCUUCAACAUAAUAGUUACAAUUUUUUAUUUGUAAUGUUAAUAAAGUAAAUAAUACUGAGCUGGGAAAGUCAGUUAGGUAUUGUAUUGGCAGCCUAAAAGGAUGUGUUGCAGUUUUCAUAAAGCUUGUUGUAUCCACAUGAAUGCAUUUAUUUUGAACACGUCUCUAUUUAUUAAUAUUGCUAAGUCAGUCUUUCUCAGAUUUUGCUUUCCAGAAACAUCAUUUCAGAAUUAAGUGGCUCACCUCACAGAUCUUCCAUCCUUCAAAAUGUGGCACGUCUCAUCUUAGGUACCUUUGUGAUAUGACAAGAGGAAGUGAUUAACUUGUCUGCAGAUAGCCAUUAACAGAGUUUCUUAUCAUGUAUGUUGGCUGAGUGCAGUGCAUGUCUCUGGCAAGCGCAAUCAGGGUUUGGCAAUGAUUGCUUAGUACAGGAACUGUAGUGCAGGGCCAGUGUAAAAUAUGUGACUGCUAUGCACACUAUUAUAUAUCUAAAUGUGUUAUAAUGUGCCUGUAAAUUAAUGAAGUGGAUUUCAUGUUUGGACAUUAUGGUGAAUGAGUACUUCAGAGAGGUCUUGAACAUAACAUCACAUGGGCAUGUUUCAAGUUUAAUGUUACACAUUUAAUAUUAUCUCCAGUUUUCCUUCUGAUGUAUAUGAUUAUAAAGAAGUGUCUUAAUAGUUACUCUGCCUAAGAAACUGAAGGUUGGAACAGUCAUGAAUAAUAUCCUCCUUACAAGGAACUUCAGUAUUAGAUAUCAACAUGCUAUUACACAUUGAAUGUACUUUUUUUUAUUAAUGUGAGAAUCUCAGCAUCUUGCAGAUGGAGAAUAUUACUUCUUGUUUCCAGUAUUGAAUUAACAAGGUGGUGCUGUGAAGUGAGGUGGUCACCCUGCGUUCUGGUUAAGCUGAUAUGUGAAUACAAGGCGCCUUUAAAUAUUAAUAGUAGAUUAUUUCACAAACACAACUUUUGUUCAGUCUGAAAACAUUGAUAUUACAGAGUUCUUUGACAGGAAGAUUCCUGUGUACCUCUAAUAAUUCAGCGCUUUUUAUUUUAUUUUGUUAUCUGAAUUUAAAAUUUUAUGUAUUGUUUGUUUUUAUUGCAUACUUGCUAAUCUCGAUCUGGCCCACAGAUCAAGAUUAGCUCCAUAUAACAGGCCCAGCUGUUUAUGUUCUCCUGAGGGUGGGGGAAGAGCCAUCUCGAAAAACUUAGUGGUUUCAGGAAGCACAGUGGUGAUGGACAAAGUCAGAAAAUUUGAAAUUGGUAGUGUUGUUUGGUUUCCAUCUAUGUGGUGAAUUGUAUGGUAGGUCUGAGACUAUUGAGGUGAAUGAGAAAUUCCUGUAAUUUUGCUGAUACAUGUGGCCAAACCACAAAUAUAUUGUCAGCAUAUCUUAACUGGAUAACUGGUUUGAGGUCUGUUGUAUCUAUUGCUAGUUUCUCAUAAUGCUCCAUACAUAUAUUGCUGAGUAUUUGAGAUAGUGAACUGCCCAUUUCUAUGCCUUUUUUUUUGCUGGUAAAAUUUGUCUUCAAACUGAAAGUAGUGGUUUUCAUGCAGACAUCCAAUAAUUACAUCACAUCACCAACAUAUAAAGAUGAAUGAUCCAAAACUACGGGAUUCACACAAAGCAUAUUCCUGAUGACUUGCAGGGGUUGUUCCACAGGUUCAUUAGUGAACAAGCUUACCACAUCAUAACCAACCACCAUGUCCCCAUUUUGUAGAUUGAUGUACUUGAUUAGCUGUAUGAAAUGUUCUGAGUUUUUAACAGAGGACCAGUGUUGCUGACUAAAGGAGCCAAAAACUUCUGGAGAUAUUCCCCAAGAGUGUAACAGGGAGAACCAAUGGAGCUUAUUAUCAGUCUGAGACGGGUGUCUGGUUUGUGUAUUGUAGGAACGCCAUAAAGAUGAGAAGGUUUGCAGUGGUAGGGGGUCAACUUCCACCUCAAAUUAGUGGGAAGGAAUGAUUUACGUGUAAAGAGUAAUUUCUCUCAUUUUGGGAUGUACUGUCUUCAUGUAGAGGUUUAUACACUCCUGAUUCCAAAGGUCUAUCUUCUGUUUAUAUAUGGAGUCACUCAACACUACAUUCCAGUUUCUUUUGUCCACUGGUUGGAUUUUAAUUUCUUUAUUCUGUUUCAAAGAUAUCAAAGCCUUGGAUUCCCUCGUGGUUAUGCUGAAUGGUACUAAUUCUGAUUUUUCCAUCAUUGUUCAUAUCCUUCAGCUGAACUCCAUGCCUAUCGCAGAGGGAAGUCGGGACUUCACCAAUUCAGCUGCACAUGCCAUAUUUAAAUCAAAAUUAGCGAAAUGUGCAUAUUAAGAAGGGCAUCAGGUACAUUGGAAUGAUGUUAAGGUCUUACAAAUUGUACCAAAUAUAUGUUGGAAAUAUUAGGAAUAGGCCCACAUGUCGACGCUAGCCAAUCUGGUCAGUCAGCCCAGUCUGGAUUGUUGUCAUCAGCAAGGAAGUUACAGCUGAAUUCAGUUUGUUUUUAUGAGAAUGUUUUACUUUGUAUUCUGUAUGGUUGAUUUUUAACUCUUAAUUUCUUAAUCUGUUGGUUCUAGGUAGUGUCUUUUAACUGCUUAUAGUUUAAAAAAAUUUAUUAUUGUAUUUGGUUGGGUCUGUUGUCUUUGUGUAUGUCUCUGUGUUUUGAAUGUCAACUCUUACUGUUUUUGUUGAUUUUCAUUUUAUGGACUCUGGCCCGAAGAUAAGCGCGCCGUGGAUGCAGUUUAUCUGAUUGCUUAUAGUUUUAGGAGAUGGUUCUUCAUUUUAUCUCCUGCAGAUACAUGCUGGUCCACUCAGCCUGUAUGCUUUGAUAUGCACUGCUAGUGUUAUUCAGAGAUAGGGACUAGCUGUAUCAAUUGAGCCCUACAGAAUAGGUUUUACCCGAGGGUUGAGACAGAAUCCAGUCUCCAAAACUUCAUAUUUUUUUUUUUACAAAAAUUAAGAUGAUGGAUAAUGUCCAGAGGGAUCGUUGUUUUAAAUCCAAGUUGUUGAUCAAAAACAUAAUUUUCCUUACCUGUUAUAAAAACAGCUGACAACUGGCAUAUUUGUUUAACUGGUGAGCUAGUGCAGCAUUUGAUGAGAUAAUGCCAAAAAAUUCCUGCAAAUUUGAAAUUGCUGUGAAACUGAUCCAUGCCUUCACUUGGCAACUUUGCAUUCAGAGUAGAGGGCUCUUUCCUACAUGAGCAUUUGCUCAGAUGUGGUGGUAACUGAAAGGCACACAUGAGUGGUUCUGGCAUUUCAAGAAUGGUUGCCAUUCACUGGAAGAUGAUGAUGCACAUGCAUGAAGCAACACCUCUGAAAACUUGAACUCUGUACACCAUUGCCUUUGUGCAAGAGAUUAUCUGGGAGGAUCAUAAUAGUGUCACAGGCUUGAUAGGUGUGUUAAAUUGUAUGCCACUCUUCAUAGCAUUUUAAGCUGGGACAUUGUGGAAAACGCAAAUUUUGAUUAUGAUUCAGCUGCCACAAUAACAUGCAGAAAAAAGAUGUGUUCACCAUACUCUCACUGUUAUGUCACGGAGUGCUGAUGUAGAGAACACCAAAUGCAAUAACAGUUCAGACACGUCUUUUAGCCGCCACCACAAUUGAGCAAAUGUGCAAGUGGAAAAUACAAAAUCCCCCAGGGAGUAGGGACAACGUGUCUUAUAGCUGGAUCACCUGAAUCAAGGAGUGAAAUGAGAUUAUUUUGGCUACAGUUUCAAAGUUUGAGGAAUUUUUACCAUACUUUAUAUAUUCCAGUAUGUUGGGAGUAGCAGUAUUAUGAUAAUAUUUUAAGUGUUGAUGGCUGUAUUGUUUGGAAUGUGUCAAUCCUGUGAUAAAAAUAUGAUAAGAAUAUUGUGUGAUGAAAAUUACAUCUAAUGCCUGCUUUCUGAGUAAAAUGUCCAUAAAGUCAGAAGAUGUCAGUCGAUCUGUUUGCUUGCUAAUGCUUGAUUCACAGCUUUUAAAUUUUAUUAUGAAAAAGUUAACUUCACUAUAUUUUGAACUUUGAAAUUCUUUUUACUUUGUAAUAGGAAGGUGCUGCUUUGUGUUACAUUGCUCUGUUUCCUGUUUUGCUCCUCUGUGCCUAGUACACUGUCAUAAUCAUGAUAAAAUUACCUGAAGAUAGGUGUCUUCUGGGUUGUAGUGCCAUGUAGUCUGGUAGAAGUUUAAGUGUGCUGACAUUUCAGAGGUACAUUUGAGGAAUUGGUUUGAGAUACAAAAACUAGUAAAUAAUGGCAGGCAGAUCCUUGGCCAGACAAGUGGGGCAAGGAGUUACCUUAUUCUCCAUUGGUCUGACCAGGGUUCAGCCUUGACUGACUGGUUCCUAUAUUUCUAAUGAAUUCCUUGUGUGUGGCUUAUGAAUUACUCUGAUGAUGGAGGCAGCAAGUACCUCUGAAAUGUCAGUAAACUUCUACCAUACUACAUGGUGCUAUGACCCAGAAGACACCCAUGUUCAUACCCACUUAUGUGAGAACCUCACAUCCUACAUAAAAUUAUAUGUUCUGUAAUCUUUAUUGGUAAACAUAAUACUAGUUUAUGAAUUCAUUGGCAGUGUGUCACUUUUCCCAGGGCCUUGGUCUAAAAUGAAAAACAGUGGGCAUUUUGAUUAUAUGUAUUUAAAAACUCUCAGUAAGACUAGUUGCAUGUGUAAAAAAUAUUUCUUCGUACUUCAGUCAUACAGAAAGCAUGCAGUUAUACAUUCUGAGGUCAAUGAUAAUGUGUGAAAUGAAUUUCAGGCCAGUUUCCCUGCAUAUUUAAAUCAGCAAAAUAGGAAAAAUUAUUUUUAUUUAAUCAUGUACACUGUAUUUGCUUUGAUACCUUUUGUCUCUGCAAUAUAAAAUCCACUUACCAAACACAAUUAAGCCCAGGGUUCAGUCAACAAUGAACAGUGUGUGUAGCAACAACAUUCUGACUAGUGGAAGGUUUUACAAAGAUAUGGAAGAUGACUGUCCUCUGGGUUGUAGUGCCAUGUAGCCUGGUACAUGUUUACCAACACUUCAGAAGUCCUUGUUGCCUCCAUCAUCAGGGUUAUGUGCUGAAGUGCUUGGGACCCAUGAAAUGUUGAUAAGCUUCUACCAGACUACAUGGCACUACUACCCAGAAGAUGGCAGUCUCUGUGCUCACUGCAGUGAGAACCUAAAAUCCUACUCUUUGCAGAUACUCUUGGUAUUAAUGCACAGGUCAUUGCAAAUGGCAGAAUAUUAUGUUACCAUUCAUUAUGACAUGAGGAGCUUAGAGUCACUCAGUAUAGUAAUACUGUACUUCUGUUUUCUUAAUUAUGUAUUAGUGUCAGUUAUCAGAAAUUUUUGUCAGUUCAAUGAUGAAGCAAAUUCUAGAAGUAAAGCACUGUUUAAUUUGUUCCUUUGCUGAACAGCUUUGUGUAAGGACCAAAUAAGGACUAAAAGAAAAAUAUAAAUAAGAAAGAGAAGAGGAACUGAAUGGUGCUUUCAUUGAUUAGCCCAAGCUCAUUAAAAAGUUUGAAAAACAUUAGUAGUCACAUAUACUGAAUCACUCCAAACUAUUCUGGAAGCCUGUAUCAAGGAAUCCCAACUGGGGAGUAACUGCAACUAUAAGCAGAGCACAGGCAACAGACAUCUUGGAUGUGCACUGAGAAUUCUACAUGGUUGGUUAUACAAAGGAUGUACUUUACAUAUGAAAGAAAAAUACAUGUUUUUAACAUUCGUAUUAUCCUACAGGGAACCAAUGUAACUCACACUGAUUGUAGUACUGUUUGCAACAGGACUGCUCUUUGGCCGAUAAAACCAGCUGUUGUAGUAUACUGAAAGUAAAAGUUGUAAAACUGUA